AUGGCUCGUACGAUUGCCAAGAAACUCCUACACCAAUGGCACAAAUUGCUCGGCCUGCAGCGUCAAUCGCCGCUAUCAUGGCACCGAGACCGCUUGCGCGAGGAGCUCCAAGAACGCCGAAAUGCAAGCACGCCUUUGGAGAAGCUCAGCGAGACGGCAGACGUAUUCUUCUCGAUCAGCCGCGCUAAGUACGAUGGUUUUCCCGUCCGGCCGCUUCCUCGCUUUUCCGUCAGCCACAUCCUCGUGUAUGCGUACAUGUUGGCCAAGUUCACAUCUCGAUGGGCGUUUUAUCGGGUGGCUGCUUUCCUCUGCGGAGCUCCCAAUCACGACAUAGUGCGCGAGGUUGUGAAUCCGUCCAAGGAUAAUAAACUAGAUGAAGUCGCCUUCCGUCAUCAUAUCGAUCAGGGCAAGUUUAAGCGUAUUGGACGCCGACUACGACGGGUUUGGCCUCUGUUCCCGUAG